AUGUCCUCCGGCUUGGCAACCGCAGUCUCACAGCUUAUGGCAUAUGCAAUCAUAACUUUAAUAAUCUACGAUCACUUGAUCACGCUCGACCAAGAAGUCCGUACUGUGUGGCAACAGAAGUUCUCAAUUGUUUCCCUUCUCAUUGUGUCUACUCGAUCGACACCACUUGCAACGGUGGUAUUCGCCUUCAUCCCAGAAGGAUUAUUGGCCUUUUUCAGAGGUAUUGAUAUCGCAUUAUCCGACUGGGACAGUGCUGAAGACGAAAUCGAAUACAGCUGCACAGCCUUUGGCUGGAUAGCCGUAGUCCCUCAGCUCGUGGCGUUCACGCAGACUGCCGGUGAGCACAAUGCAUCACUACCACCUGGUGUGCUACUUGACCAUUUCUUCCGCCUGUGGUUACCAACGCUCUUCCUGGUAUACUUUCCCCCGCCAGUUGAUAUAUGCACCUCGACCCCUGACUACUCUGAUGAGGUGAACCACAUUAUCCUUCUCGUCCUGAAUGUCUCUCAGAUCGUAUCUUUCUACUUUGAGUCUGUAAUCACUGUCACUGCAUUUGCGAGUAUAUUGCCGCCUAUUUUGAUUUGCCGCUUCAUGACGGAUCUGCGGCUAGUCAAUCGAGACGAAUCCUCCACUUCUGAAGCCGGAAUGUCCCAGCAGCAGCCUUCAUUGCGCAUCCCGACGUUCAACGAUGGCACAACACCAAGUUUCGCGGCGAACAUGGGCGAGCCCCUGGACUACGGCCAGAAUGAUAGGUGGGAUCGUAACGAUAUACAUGUCAGCAAUGAGCAGCCUAUAGUGCAAGGAGAGCCCCACGCCUAAUUAGAUAUUCGAUUAUUGUGUACCGAGGCUACCAGUGGUCUCAUUUUCGUUCUGUCUCACAGAUACCGCCUUGUUUCCCGCUGUCCCUUCCAGGCAGAGCGCAGCUUUUUAGUUAGAUUAAGGUCUCGUGACAGUAUAU